CCGGGACGUUUUACUAGCUUUAGCCACAAAAAGAAUUGAAAAUAGUAUUUUAUUAUGAAUAUAUAUGCUUCUAUGAAGGAUACGGCUUUUUUGUUGUGAGUGCAAGAUAUAACUGAACACAGGGAGAGUAUUUGUUUUUAGUCGUUUUAGGCGAACUAUAGCUACAUAAAAAAACAUCUUCGACUUGAUUUCUGCUACUUUUUCUACGCUUAUAGCUAUUGCCUUAAAUAAUAAACAGAUGUAAUGUCCAUUUUCCAAUGUGAACACCCCUACCAGUAAUCACGUUGCUUUCUUUAGUACAAGGAAGUGCAACUCACCGUAAAACUGGCCCGGAUGAGUGUAUCCUGAAGGCCCGACUGAUCAAACACGCUACUCCUGCUGCUAAAGUUAGCUGCAGAUGCUAAGUGCGUGAGCUACUUUUCUGUCAAAUCUUCACCUUAAACCCACAAAAAAUAAUGUUCGGCUCGUCAAGAUCCGGAGGCAUACGAGGAGGACAGGACCAGUUUAACUGGGAUGACGUAAAAGUCGAUAAACACAGAGAAAAUUAUCUCGGAAACUCCUUGAUGGCACCGGUGGGUCGGUGGCAGAAGGGCAAAGAUCUAACAUGGUAUGCAAAAGACAAAAAAACUGGCAAACCUUUGUCCAAAGAGGACGAACUUGCAGCUGUAAGGGCAGCAGAAGAGGAGGCGCUGAUGGCUGCUCUGGGGCACAAGAAUAUAAAGAGACAACCAACUGGCCUUACUAAAGAAGACCUCGUAGAGGUUUGCAGGAGGGAAGAGGCUGAUGGUGAGGAAAGGAACGUGGAUCGUAUAUCAGGCUUGGGAAGUUCCAGUGUGGGGUCACGAAAACUGGUGCUUUCCCAAAAAGAAAAAGAGGCGAUUAAAAUGGGUCUGCCAGUUUUUACGCACCACAAGACCGAAGGUCRUCCUGAAACAUCAGCAACGAAAACAUCUGAAAGUGUUGCAAAACAAGAGGUAGAACAAAACAGGCCUGAGAGUAAAAAGAAAAAGAAGGACAAAAAGAGCAAGAAGGAGAAAAAGAAGAAAGAAAAAAAGAAGAAAAGGCAAAGAAGAGAUUCAUCCUCCUCAGACUCAGAUGAUAACAGGAAGAGACACAAAAAGGACCACCAUCAUCAUAAUCCAUCAUACCACAGUCAGAGUGGAGCCAGACCCCAUGACAGCCAUUCAAGGUGGGGAGAAAAGAACGAGCGACAGCCUUCCCACCCCCAUCAUCGACAGCAGCGGCAUGACACAGACUCCUCUGACGGGGGGUCUCCUGCCCGCAGCAACCCUGCCAUCCACAAGAAGGCCCCUGCUGGUGCCACACAAAGUCACAGGCGGCGCCACGACACAGACUCGGACGACUAAUGUCCUGCUCCCCCAUCCAAUCAGAUAUAAUACAGAAAGGGCUCUACAGCAGCCUGACUGGCCAAGGACAGGAUAAAAACUAGUCAGUGCAAUAUGUUUGAGCCUUUUGUAUUAACUAAUUCUCUCAAUACGAUGGUCAUGUGGUAGUAUUGAUGUGGUGUAUUAUUUUUGGGCUACAAUGUGACAAGCCUUAUUUUAAAAAAAUACAUCACAUAGAAACUGAUUUUUUACAUUUGUAUUAUACACGGAAAACCAAAUUAUUUUGUAAUCAUCUGUCCAAGCUCUUGUUUUUUUUUUAACUGAGCUCAUCAGAGAUUUGAAACUAACGACUCUUGCUGCUGUCGGGAAUUUGUGUGAUUUAAGUUUUACCAAAACAAAAUAUGACUGUGUGUGUGCUGCAUCUAUUGCUACUCAUUUCAAAAUGAAAAAUGAGUUUAAGAUUAAAAAUUCUGAUGCCUCUGCAACUUA